AUGGACGCUUUUUUUGAUUCAGCACAAUAUGCUUUGGGCCAAUCUGCAAGUUAUCUUUUCCGCGUUCUAAGCUGGCUCAUCCCUAUUAUCUUUCGCUUUGCACAAACCCACAGUACAACAACUAAUAUCCUUGGCUACAUUUUGGCGGCCUACAUUUCGUGGAAACUGUUGUGUCACUUAUGGACAAUAAUCAAAAGAAUUUUGAUAGUGGCUGUAGUGGUCCUGGUGGUGCUGUUGUGGAAAAGAGGUCUACAUCAAUUUAUUUCGGUAGACUUGCCGGUUUUGGUUCAAUAUUUUGAGCACAACUCUAGCCUUCAAGAUUUAUGGAACCAGUUUCUAUACUAUGCGCAUCCCAGAUCCUACAGUAAAUACUACUCGAUGGUUCUGCAGUAUCAGUUGGACGAUAUUCGCGACCGUUCGAUGCAGUUUCUGGCAAGCUUAUCCAAUCAAUAA